CGACAGCAGUAGUAGGAAGGCGCAUCUGCGUAAACAGGUCACAUUUCACUCUAGUCGCAUCCUCGUCUUCUCGUCCAUAAGGGAAGCUAGAGCGAGUGCCGCGCGCCUUUUCUAAGCGCUUACCAUGGUGGGAAUGACGGGAUUGGUGGUCCUUCUCGUCCCGGUGAUGAUGGUGGUGGGAUCCACCUUGCAGUCGGAAAUUAAGAACGGGAAAGAGCCUGAAAAAACGGGGAAUUUCAUGGAAGACGAGCAUUGGCUGUCCACCAUUUCACAGUACAGCCGCAAGAUCAAGCACUGGAAUCGCUUCAGAGACGAAGUAGAGGAUGACUAUGUGCGGGCCUUGGAUGAGAAUCAGGGAGGCUCUAAUGAAAAUGUUGACACUACCAAGGACCCCUGUCAGAAGGUGAAGUGUAGCCGACACAAGGUGUGUAUUGCCCAGGGAUACCAGAGGGCUGUGUGUGUCAACCGCAAGAAGCUUGAGCACAGACUGAAGCAACCUUCCCUGAGUUCUCCUGAGGGAGGAUGCCAGCCCUGUCCCAUCUCCUCCUCUGUUCCUGUGUGUGGCUCUGACGGACACAACUACGCGUCACAGUGUAAAUUGGAGCAGCAGGCGUGCUUCACAGGGAAGGAGCUGACUAUGAAGUGUUCAGGUCUUUGUCCUUGUCCAACCGCACCCCCCGUCACAGAGACAGAGGUCAAGCAUGAGAGUUGUACAGGACAGGACCUCUCUGAUCUGGGGGAGAGGCUGAGGGACUGGUUCCAGCUGCUGCAGGACAAUGCCAAGCUGAACAACAACAGCAAGACUGGAGCCAGCAACACAGCAGGGGCUAACACUGGAUCAGUCCUGGACAGGAGCGUGGUUGCCAGCUGUAAGGACUCUUUAGGUUGGAUGUUCUCAAAGCUGGACACAAACAGUGAUCUGUAUCUGGACCAGGCUGAGAUUGUAGCCAUUAACCUGGACAAGUACGAGGUCUGCAUCCGACCCUUCUUUAACUCCUGCGACUCCUACAGGGAUGGGAAGGUGUCUACGGCCGAGUGGUGCCUCUGCUUCUGGAGAGAGAAGCCCCCCUGCCUGGCUGAGCUGGAGAGGAUCCAAGUACAGGAGGGAGGCAAGAAGAAACUGGGCCUGUUCAUCCCUAGCUGUGAUGAGGACGGAUACUACAGAAAGCUACAGUGUGAUCAGGCUAGAGGAGAGUGCUGGUGUGUCGACCAACACGGAGGGGAACUAGCCAGCUCCAGAAUCCAUGGCAACCCUGACUGUGUCUCUUCUCCAGAUGAGGCGGUGACAUAUUCAGGAGAUUUUGGCAGUGGGGUCGGAUGGGAGGAUGAGGAAGAUAAAGAAGCGGAAGAGAAUGAAGAGGAAGGAGAGGCGGAUGACGGAGGAUAUAUUUGGUAGAGGUGAAGAAAUAAGCCUAGCUGGUCCAACAUUACUACCGGAGCAUCUCAACUUCUCUCACUUUCUUUGUCUCUUACAUACACACAGAAAUAAUGAUCCUGAAAACCUGAAGAGAUGGUUGAAAAAACACACUCAGAACAACACUGAAUCAGUCCUGGACUGAGGGGGGUUGGCGGGAUAGAUGGGGGGGUGGGGGUGGUGGUGUGACAAUGUAUGAUAUCAAUAGCUAGAAACUGUGGUCUGACGAGUCAGGAGAUGUGUCGUAAAUACCUGUGAAUAUCUUGGCUCUUUUUUCUGUUGUAUGUGCAAGACAACUUUCUCCUGGAGCAGUUUUUAGCAGCUUAAAUGUUUUUAUUAAAGGCAGGAAGCAGCUGGAGGUUAUGUGCUCAUGUUAGGAACUGGAGGUGCUUUUGGGCGUCCUCCCCUUGCGUCCUUUCCUUCAUUUCCACCUUUAUCUGCACUGAUGUGAAAGAACUGGACAGGUAAUUACCGUCAGGCUUUCGCCUUACUGUUUUCACCAAUCCAGUGCUUUCAGAUCAGUGCAGAUGGAGAGGAGACAAGGAGAUGAAUCCACUUUAGACUAAUUGCAUAUUCCUGUUGCAUCAUUUGACUUUCCUCAUUCCAUCCCGUAUGCUUCACCUCUCAUGACAGUAGUGCUCUGUCUCGUCAAGUUUAUCACGCUACACUGCUAAAUGUGAAUAAACUGUAUCUGAAGAUAGAUUUGCCACUAUUAUUAUUAUUAUUAUUAUUAGUCCUGUAUUGCUAAUGCCUUGAGAGACUGGCAGAAUGUACUGCUUGACUGACAAGUGUCCAUUGUAUUAUCUGCAGAUCAACAUUGUGUUUAAUAAUAAAAUAAAUUGGUUCUAUGUGGCCCAACCAGGCCACCAUA